AUGAGCCGAACAGCGACAAACCCAGUGUCGCCUAGAACAGCCGUGGGCUCAUUUAACAGCCCAGAAAUAGAUGGAUUUGGGGUAUCCGCUGGCUAUCCGUACCACCCGGAUGACUAUUAUGGAAUCCGUAACACGUCUUCCAAUCGGAGACACCCGCAGCCCAGUAUUGAUUGCCCUAGAGAUGAAGAUACAAUUUCCCAUGAUCCCACACCGCUCGUCGAGUAUCCUACAGUGAGGCGACUAUCUGUAGAAAGGGAUGCUUUUUUUCGAGAGCUCUCUCGUGCAUUGCAACAAGAAACACAUCGAAGAGGCAGUGCAUUAGACAAGUUCGUGACUCGGCACAGCCUGGCCGGUAUUUGGACCGAGUCUCGCUUGGAGAAACUCAUAGAUCUUGUGAGACCCGGGUUUGAUCGUACGGAGAUACGUCUCGUUCGGGAAGAGUUUCUGCAGACGCUGUCUAUCCUAGUUGAUAUUGGCUGGCAGGAGUGGUGGAGGUUCAAAGAGGUCUUUCUCAGUCAUACCGAUGCAAAGGGCAAUUGGGGCCGUUCCGAUCGGAUGAUUCCCACACAUUCACUGGAGGCUCUGGAGGAUGAUUCAUUCUUGGGGACACCAUGGGCCGAAAAGUUCCUGGCAAGCCAAUACACCUUCUGUCCAAUUGAUAUCCAGGAGGGCAGAAGUUUGGUCUUCUCGAAAGAAUGGAGAUUGCCCUUUAUCAAUGCAGAAUCACUCAGCAUUGGCACCGGUGGAUAUGGUAGUGUCACCAAGGAGAUCAUUGGAAUUGGGCACUUUCUAUCCCAGUCCGAGCAUCACCUCCCAGGAGCGCCAUACAACAAAGACAUUGCGGUGGCUGUCAAGCGGUUCGAAGCUAGGAGUGACUUUCGGUCCGAAAUGAAAAACCUCGACAUACUUCGCUCAAGUCUCUCUAAGCAUGAUCGCAUCGUUCCAUUCCUAGCAACUGUAGCCAUUGGGAACGCAUUCAAUAUUCUUUAUCCCUUGGCGGAUAUGGAUCUAAAUGCGUUCCUUAAAAGGCAGCGCAGCCCUCAAGACUUUACGGUACGUGAUCUCAUGCAGGAGGCGGAGCAUCUCGCCGGUGCCCUGGCCUUUUUGCAUCAAGGACUCGACAGCCAUCCACCAGGUCUUAGCUGCUCCCAUAUGGAUCUCAAGCCAGAGAACAUACUCGUGUUUAACAGCAGCGCCCCAGACUUCCCAGUUGGCAAGUGGAAGAUCUCUGAUUUUGGGAUCUCUAUUAUCUCUCGGCCCGAGAGGACGGCAACCACUGUGACGGAAUUUGAGCAUAGCAUCACACAGCGGCAGGAGCCUACUCGCCCUGCGGGUACAUAUCAAGCACCCGAUGGGGCGGAGCAUGGCUUGAGGAGCGACGUAUGGUCCCUGGGCUGUAUCCUGACUCGGGUCCUUUCACUCGGUAUAGAAGGGGUUGAGGGAAUGAUGAAACUCGAUAGCCUGAGGGCUAAAGAUGUCGAUGGAGUGACCGACUAUAAUGAUGACUAUUUCUACCGAGGUUCACCGCCAGUCUUGAACCCUCACAUCCAGAGAUGGCUUUCCGAUUUGCCAAGCGGUCGUUAUGACUACGAUCCUGGGUUUUUGGAAGGCUGCAAGUCCUUGAUCCUUUCAAUGCUUGCGAUUAGACAAGACGAUAGACCGAGUGCAAAGGACGUCCAACGACGGCUGCAUCCGUUGGCUAACACAGCCCGACAAAUCAUUCCCAGCCGACCCAGUACUAGCAGCCGUGAAGGUUCAGUCGGCAGUAACCCACCCUAUAUGGGUGGAGGAAUACCGGAGGUCGAUCUUCUCUUUCACGUAAUUGCACACAAGGACCUGAUCUGGGUUGAGAGGCUGUUGAAUCUGGGCGUCAAUAUCGAGGAGAAGAUUGGCGAUAGACCCUUGAUAUAUGCGAUUCGUGUCGGUCACGCACCAACGGUCGAAAAGCUCCUGGAAUGCCGGCCGAAUCUUGACCGCGAGACUCCCGACUCUAAUGGCGAUACGCCCUUGAAAAUAGCGGCGGAGCGCGGCGACACAGAGAUUGUUGAAAUCCUCCUCAGAGCUGGCGCGGUCAUUGAUGCACGGUCUCGAAGUGGGCUCACGCCACUAAUGUCAGCGUGCAGGCACGGCUAUGAGUCCACAGUCCAACUUCUUUUGAGAAGUGGGGCAAACUGCUUGUGUCAUUCCCAUGAUGGCUAUAGCACUCUUCACUACGCGAUUUACAGCGAGAACGGGGCAGAAAUAAUUCGACUCCUGAAAGGCCAUGUCACUUCCUUUGAUAUCCGCAGUCACGGCAAUGGGGAGACACCUUUGCUUACACUGUGCAAGCAAUACGUCAAUACGCAAUCAUGGUGGGACAGGUUCUUGGCCCUAUUAGCUGGUCCCGCGGAUAUCAAUAUGGCCGACGGAAAGAAUAAUACUCCUCUUUCUUUAGCCGUGAAGGAAGAUUACUGUCUAUUGGCAGACGCACUGCUGGGAAGAGGUGCAAAGUAUGAUGACGACCUUCCCCGCAAGUCCCCAGAUAUGAUCAGGGUGUUCAGAGAUGCGGAGCGUCGGCGACAACAACAACAACAACAACAACAACAACAACAACAACAACAGCAGCAGCAGCAGCAGCAGCAGCAGCAAUGGCGUCGGUUCAGUCAGGAAAGCUCUGGAUCAUCUACAAGGUCUAUUAUCGGCCGCAUUCGACGCAUGUCUAGCUUGAGAUCCUCUGAUUAA